CCACAUCCUGGUUGUUGAAGAGUUGAGUGUAGUAUGCAUUCCUCACCUCAUCACUGUGUUCGCUCUCUUCUCUAUGUGACUGGCACUCACAACAACACAUUCUCACUUUCUAUCAAACCCUAACCCUUCAAUUCCCAUUCAAUGGCCAUCCUCUCUCAAUCCACUGCUACUUUCUCACCUUCCUUCGUCUCCACUCGCUCCGAUUUCACUCGCCUCACUCGCUUCCCCUGCCGCGUCACCUUCCGCCGCGGCCUCGCCGUCUCCUCCUGCUUCAACUCCUCCAAGUCCCCUGGCGCCGGAGGGUUCCUCUCGCCGGACAACGGCGGCGAAGUCUCCUACGAGCUGCACCACGACUUCUCUCCGCAGCGCCGCCGCAGCGGCUCGCCGGUGUUCGUCACUCUGCCGGUGAAUUCCGUCAGCCGGGAGGGCGGCCGAGUCUUGAGGCCCAAGACGAUGAUGUUCUCGCUCAAGGCGCUCGCCACUGCCGGCGUCGAAGGUGUCGUGGUCGAGAUUUGGUGGGGCUUGGUUGAGAAGAACAAACCUAGGGUUUACGACUGGAGAGGGUGCGAGGAACUUGUUGCGAUGGCAUGCAAGUGUGGCCUCAAGGUUCGAGCGGUUCUCGCGUUUCAUCAGCAUGGCGCGGGACCUGAUGAUCCCAAUUGUUUGUCCCCCUUGUGUAGGAUACCGCUUCCUCUAUGGGUGCUUGAUGAGAUAAAGAAAGAUGUCGAGUUAGCAUAUUGUGACCGGUUUGGGAGAAGAAAUAUUGAAUACAUUUCCCUUGGAUGUGAUAUUCUUCCUGUGCUGCGUGGGCGUUCUCCUAUCCAAGUGUAUGCUGAUUUUAUGAGGGAUUUUAGGGACACUUUCAGGUCUUUGCUUGGUGUUAUCAUUACAGGUGUACAGAUUGGCAUGGGUCCUGGUGGUGAACUAAGAUAUCCUUCCUUCUCUCCACAAGAGCCGAAUUUGGCAUGGCCUCAAGAACUUGGAGAAUUUCAAUGCUAUGAUAAGUAUAUGCUUGCUUCUCUGAAUGCCUCUGCAAGAAAUAUUGGAAUGCGUGAAUGGGGAAAUGGUGGCCCAUUUGGUACUGGAAGUUUGAUGCAAAAUCCCGAGCAUACUGAUUUUUUCAAAAAUGAUGGUGGUUCUUGGGACACACCAUAUGGUAAAUUUUUCCUUGAAUGGUACUCAGGUAUGUUGCUGCUGCAUGGGGAAAGGAUUUGUAAGGAAGCUGAAACUAUAUUUAGGGGUACAGAGGUCCAUAUGUCAGCAAAAUUGGCUGUCAUUCACUGGCACUAUGUCACACAAUCCCAUCCAUCAGAGUUAACAGCUGGCUAUUAUAAUACUUUUAACCGGGAUGGAUACUUAUCCAUUGCUCGCAUGUUUAGCAAGUAUGGAUUCUCAAUGUGCUGCUCUUGUUUUGAAAUGCAAGAUGCAGUAAUGCAGAAGAUCAAUCCAGAUGGUAGCCCUGAAGGUUUUCUUCGACAGCUUUUGUUGGCUGCUAGACUCUGUGACCUAGCACUUGAAGGUCAAAAUUUUUCAACUAAUUUGGAUGAUGGUGGAUUUACCCAGGUGCUGAAGAUGUCAAAAUUUUACUCGAAUGGGAUAGAGAAGCGACCUUUCUCGUUCAACUUUGUAAGAAUGGACAAAAGAUUGUUUGAAUCCCGAAAUUGGGAUCGGUUUACUCGUUUUGUAAGACAAAUGUCUAAUGGAAAUAUUUUUCGAGCCAGAUUAUAUUCUGUUGGUGACACACGGUUUAAGACCGCACCAGUGAUGCCAGAGGCGAGAUUGUUGUACCACCUAUAUCAGUACUCUUGAAACCAGUCUUGACCUUUGUUCUUUAGGCCUAUUUAAUAUCACUGCAUUCGUUGCAAGAAAAUCUGAUGACCUCUGGUCUAAUGUUGUGAAAUGUGUAGUAACUGCUGAUUCGUCAAAUGAUUCUUUUAUUGCUUUCCGGCAAGAAGUUACUUCCCCUAAGGUAAACACAUUAUAUUGCCUUCCAGUAUUUUUUUAGAUGGGUGGCAUGUUAUACACUUACCUGUAUUUGGAGUGGACAGAGAUUUAAUUUAAAAUUAGUUACUGCUGAA